AUGAGUUAUAUCUUCGAUGCGUUGCAAUGGGUAGUGGAACAUCUCAGAGAUGUUAUUAGCGCCGAACCGGAAACUGGUCAAGAAGGCGGUUUACUUACGUUGGUUCAUGUUCAUCCAACGUACCUUCAAUAUAUCUACCCUUCUGGUGGAACUGCUUCGGCGGUGUAUGCCACAGAUUCAGUGCCCGAACAAGUGAGAAAAGCAAGAGAAGAGAGUACGACCAACUUAUUCACACGGGCGUUGGAGAUAUGCAGAGGCAAAAUGGUGAAGACAGAGACUAUGAUAUUGGAAGGAGAUCCUAAGGAGAUGAUAUGCCAAGCUGUCGAGCAAACCCACGUUGAUCUUCUUGUGGUUGGUAGCCGUGGACUCGGCAUGAUCAAAAGGGCGUUUUUAGGGAGUGUAAGUGACUACUGUGCCCAACAUGCGAAAUGUCCAAUUCUCAUUGUGCGACCGCCUAGAGAGACCUCAACUAGCACCACGAAGGAACACAAGAUCAAGUGAGGAAGGAAACCAUGUUAUGAUCACUUCUAUUUCAUAUCGUUUGUAAUUCGUAGUCGUAGAGAACAAAAAAUGUGUGCCACUGAACAAUAAUCGAACUUAAUACGGUGUACUUUGGUUCUUGGAAA